CCGGGUGGCGGCAGAGCCAUUAAAAGGCCGGCCCAGUCAGACCCGGAACAGCUUCUCUCCCCUGCCUCCAACGCGCCCCUCAGGACUGUGGAUCGUCAGGACUCCACAACACCCCAACAGUGAGCCCAGAGGCUGCCAUCCCCACAGAGGAAGGUCACACUGAGACCCCUUGAUAUGGAUCGAGUUACCAGAUACCCCAUUUUUAGCAACCCCAACUCGUCCCGAGUCACAGGCUUGGCACUGGACGGGCACACCAGUUACACCAUCGAGUUGGUGGGUGUUGGGUCAGAGGCUGAGUGGAGCAGGGAGGAACCGCAGGCCUGGCCAGAUGUGGAAAGAGCAAGGGUUUCCCACAAGAGACAAGCUUUCUCCAGCCAGCCGUCCGCACAGUCACAGUUCUUGGAAGAUGAGGAAGACGAGGAGAUGAAGACUUAUUGCCUGGAUGCCAGUAACACCCUCUGUAGCCAGUCACAAGACCUGGACAUGGAGCGCUGGGUCAUCAUCCAGGGCCAGGCAGUCAAGAAAUGCAGCACAGCGGCCACAGUCCAGGGUGCAAAUGACCAGGGAGACCCCAGGCUUGUUGGCCAGCCUCGGUCCACAGUCCUCAAGGAGAGCUUGGUGGACAGGGAACAGAUUGACUUCCUGGUGGCCCGGCAGCAGUUUUUGAGUUUGGAGAAAGCAAACACAAACCCAGUCUCUGGGAACCCCAUGGCCAGGGUGACACUUGCACAUCCCCCACCAGGGGUCAGCCAGGCCCCCAAGGACCUCAACAGGCCCCACAUAGCCAAUGGGUUUGUUGCCCCUGUCCCAGUUACCUCACCAGUAAAAGAGAUGAUCUUGGAGAAGAGGGUCCGAGGUGGUUUCCCUGCUGCAUCCAACAUUUGUACAGUCAACAACCCUAGCACCCAGCCCAGUGAGGUGGCUUCUGAGAUCCCCAAAGAGACGCCCAUCGAGCGGGAGAUCAGACUGGCCCAGGAGAGAGAGGCUGAUCUGCGGGAGCAGAGGGGACUUGGCCGGGCAGCUGGUCACCAGGAGCUGGUGCAGAUCCCCAGCAGGCCAGUGCUCAGCAAGGUGAACCUGCUUGAGGGGCCACAGCGGAGGGACAGAGGCCGGCCUUCACUCUAUGUGCAGAGGGACAUGGUCCAGGAGACACAGCGUGAGGAGGACCACAGGCGGGAGGGCUUGCAGGUGGGCCGCGCGUCUACACCUAACUGGGCUUCUCAGGACUCUCAGCCCGGCCUCUGGAGAUCCCUGAGCUCGGACAGUAUCCUCAGCCCCACCCUAGAUGCCCGGGUGGCAAACCCAGCUCCAGAAACACGAAAGAUCAACCGCAUCACACCAGAUGCCUACCAGCCCUAUCUGGGGUCCGGGACCCCCCAGCUAGGAUUCUCAGCUUUGGGGGUCUACAGCAAGCCGAGUGGCCUCCCUAUGGAGGACAGCAAAGCUGUGGCCACUAGGUCUCCCAAGCGUCUGUCAGAAUCAUCUGGGAAAUUCCUGAGCUCAAAGCAAGAGGGCCUCAAGUCCCCCGGGGGACCCCCACGUGCCAAUGGGGGUGUCCUGCGACGGGAGUAUUUCUUCCUUCGACCACUGAGCUUCAGGGUCCCGGAUGCACCCCAGCAGGCUGAGCAGUCCCACACCUGGGGCUGGGAGGUGGCCGGGGCUCCCGCAUUGCGACUGCAUAAGUCGCCGUCCUCUGGUCUGCUGGAGAGGGAGAUGCAGAGCGUUUUGCAGCGUGAGCGAGAGGUGGCCGAGGAGCGAAGGACUGCGCUGUUCCCCGAGGUCUUCUCCCCAAUGCUGGACCAGGAGCAGGACGGAGAGCAAUACUCCCGGAGCUCCUCCCGGGCAUCUGGCAUCACAGGCAGCUAUUCGGUGUCAGAAUCACCAGUUUUCACUCCCAUCCACCUGCACUCCAACCUGACGUGGAAGGCAGAGGCCCCUGUUGAUGUGGCAGACAUAGCAGGCUAUGCUCCCGGGCAGAGGAAGAAGGAGACCUGGUAUGCAGGUAUCAACCCUGCAGAUCAUGUCAACUCAGAGGUCCUGGGAGCCACUCGGGUGACACGGCAUAAGAACGCCUUAGCGGAGCGCUGGGAAGCAAGAAUAUAUGCCAGUGAGGAUGAGGACUGAGCCUGCGUGUGGACAAAGACUCCCUGCCCAUGAACACUGCCAAGCUAUGCUUUGAGAUUUUUGCUAAGUAGCCCGGGCUGGCCUCAAUCUCACAAAGAUCCAACUGUCUCUGCCUCCCAAGUGCUAUAUAUUUUCACUUUUAUUUUCAGGGGCAUGUGUGGAUUUUCUGCUUGGGGAGUGGGGUGAUUAGGCUGAGAUGAAAAUUCGUCCCCUAGCUUUCUGUUUCUGAGACUUUGCCAAAUGCUUGGGAGUCUGAGGAAGUGAUGCCCAGGGGAAGCUAUGUCUGGAUCUUUCCCUGAAGUCCUCAGCUGUCCUUCCCUGUGCACCAGAGGGCAAAGAGCCAUGAUCUGUCACCUGGCAGGAAAAGGACUCCAUUUAGGAGCCCUCAGUUCUGGUCUUGCCAACUUCCAAACUUAUCCAUGUUGCUAUGAAAUAAACCUGUCUGAGUUGCUGGC